UACGAUGCGCAAAAAUUUCAUGUCAGUCUUGUUGACUGACUAGCUAUGGUGACCAAGUUAAUCCAAUAUUUUUCUUGAUGAAAAGCACGUGAUGAAAAUUACGGAUUUGUUCAUGUACAUUUUUCGUUUACCUCAUUAAUUAAUUAGGUGUUAUGAUAUCAUCACGUUGUGCUGUGCGUUUAAUUGUGGUUAAUCGUUUUAGAGCGGUGCCAAAGCGCACAUGUAAAUUAGGAAGUGCUUGUGUAUAUUUUGUAAAACACACAAUGCUAGUAAAAUUAUUUUUUUGUUUUUUCGCAACAUUCUGCAUUGCUAGCCAAUCUGCACCUGAAGAAAAUCCAUAUUUGCGGGCCGUGAAUGAGAAUUAUUUAGCACAAAACUCCAUACACGACUAUGUAGAAGUUCGACCAGGUGCACACCUUUUUUAUUGGUUUUUUUACGCGGACGGGACGAAGAAAGACGCAUCUCGAAAGCCUCUUAUAAUAUGGGUCCAAGGAGGUCCUGGUUUUGCCGCUAGUGGCGUAGGUAAUUUUGGCGAAUUCGGCCCCCUGACGAUGGACAUGCAACCAAGGAAUCAUACUUGGGUAAAAGGAAGGAAUUUAUUACUUAUUGACCACCCCGUGGGCGCUGGAUUUAGUUACGUCACAAGUAAAGAUCUUUUUGUGAAAACAGAUCAACAAAUGGCUAUUGACCUCUCACGAGCUAUUAAACAAUUUUUCAAAAAACACAAAGUUUUCCGAAAAACUCCUGCGUAUGUGAUUGGUCAGAGUUACGGCGGUAAAUUGUGUCCAAGAUUAGCUGUUUAUUUAUAUACGGCUAUCAAGAAAAAGAGUUUAAAAAUGAACUUUAAAGGUAUCGGUAUUGGAGGUGGUUGGGUCAAUCCUAAAGAGAGCACUUUAGUAACGCCACGGUUUCUUUAUCAUACCGGAGCAAUCGAUCGAGAUUUAUAUCUGAGCUCUUCACGCAUAGCUCACGAAUUGAUAAGUUUGAUGGACAAAAACGAUUAUAUUCAAGCACACGAAGUGGACUUUAUGCUCUUCAAAAAGCUGAACGAAGACGAAUUUCUAAACUUCAAUAAUAUUUAUGGUCUCAGCCCUUACCCGGCAUUGGUCAAACUUAAUCUCCAUGUAAACCAAUAUGUUAAGCCGACAUUAAAAUUGGUGAAUCAAACAAUUGAUUGGCUAUACUUAAAUACAGAUGUUUAUGAUAGUUUAAAAGGAAGUCUUCUUGUUCCGUCUUUCUGGUUUUUGGAGAAAAUUUUGAGCAAGACAAAUUUGAAGGUUGUGAUUUACAACGGAAACUUCGACGUGGUUACUCCAUUAGCAGGUGCUUCAAACUGGGUUCACAAACUGAACUGGCCUCUUAAAGAGAAUUUCACGAAGGCGGUACGACAUCACAUACGGGGCACAAAUAAUGGAUAUUAUAAAGAAAUGGAGCAACUUAGUUUUUGGUCUGUCUUUCGUGCCGGACAUUGGGUUCCAGAAGAUAACCCCGAAGCCAUGGAACAUAUUUUAGAAUAUCUCCUUACUGAGAACAAUUAGAUUAAUUUAAGAUCGAUUUACGAACCUUUAGCUCGAGGUACUUAUAAUUUAGAGAUUUAUAAUUUAGAAAAGUAAUUAUUAGACGUAUAUUCCAUUGUACAGUUUUAUGUGUAAUGUAAAACUAAUGAAAAUUAUUUAUUGUAUUCUACUUUUCUUUUUUUUCUAAUAUUGUAAUAAAAAAAUAUAGACAAAAUGUAGAAACAAUUACAAAAUAAUGUUCUAUGUCCCUCAAGAUGCACGGUCAAAUGAUAAAACUCACUAAUGUUAUUUGAAUAUUGAUUUCAAUUUAUUGUUUAACGAAUUCAACAAAAUUAUAAAAUUUUAUGUACAAUAUUAAACACAGAUUACAUUUAACGUGAACAAAUAUAUUUAAUAAUAAAAAAUACAAUUUAUAUAUGCACUACGCCUUAUAAUCUAUAAAAUGUAAGCCGACAGAAUGGAUUUUGAACCCAAAACGGGCUCUCAAAUAUUCGUGUAAAAUAUAAAAUUCAAUCAAAAAAUGACAACGCUCAGCUAUUGUGGAUUUAAUAGCAUUUGACUAUUUUAUAAGUUACUUACUUAAUUUAAGCAUUUGUUUAGGACACACCACGACAAUUAAUGAAAUUAUGUCCUCUAAACGAGGCGACUAUGUGGGCAUACGGUGUAGUAAAUGCUACAACAUAUUUUGUUCCUUCGAGUCAGAUUGAUGACGUCCACGAGCAGCGGUGACCACUGACGAUCAUUAGUAUGUUUCGUCUAUCCAUCCAAUGGAUAAAAAAAAACACAAAUAACACGCUUGUCUGAUUUAUUCCACAUUGUUGCUGCUUGCAUGCUUGUGCUUAGUGUACUUGUGUCUAACCAUACAAUUAUUAUAAAACAUCUGCACCAUAAUUAAUAAUAGUAAAUACAAAUGUAGUAGUAAUUUAAAAACAUAGGUUUAGUGUUAACAGUAUCGCUUAGGUUUACAAUUGAAAUAAAAAAAAACCAUGAAGAUAGAUAGAUAUAUUUAAAUUUGUAUUUAUGUUUUUAGCUCACAUAAUAAUAAAAGAUGCCAUAUGUCUGUUAACCAAAAAAUAUUCCUCUUUAUUGUUGCCAUAAUAUAUCCACAAAUAGAAUCGCAAUGGAAAAUAACGCCUAUUUUAACUGUCACUUUUAAAUAUGCUUUAGUAUAAAAAGAACACUAAAAUUUAUCCCAAAGGCACUGUCCAAUUAACCAAUUUAAUAGUCAAUAACAUUCAAUUAACUCUAUUAAUCAUGGUCUCGCGUUCUGGUCAUUCGGCCGGCGUAAUUAUAAUUAGAUUACAACUAAUUACUCUGUGUGGCGGACAGCUUCCGUGUAGCACGCACCACAAACACGAACAGGUUUGGUGUUGCCAGUCAAUGCAACAGUUUUAUCACUGCAAGCUGCGCAAAAUAUUAGACCACACAUUCUACAGUGAUGCUGAAAAAUGAAAUAGUAAAUAAAUAUUAAUUAUAAUAAAAAAUAUUUUGUUUUUUAUAACAUUUAAUGUCUAAAUAAACUGCCCCAUCUGUUCCAAUUAAAAAAAAAACGAAUAAACAUUUCCCCAUCUGAUAUAUAGAAAAGUUUAUAUUUUUUUAUAUAGGAAGCUAGUAAAGUCCGUUUCCGAUGUAUUAAUAGUUAUCGUACCUUGAUGGUUCUUCGGCAGUUUAUUUAAUCAAAGCAUCAUGUUUUUAAAACAGGUAAAUAGUAAACAGAGAGUUAUUUCAUUGUGACGUUUUGUACAGAGGGAAAGUACGGUGCGAUAAUGGGAACGUCAUGAAUCUAUAUCUAUACUAUAAAUCUAAUAUAUAAAAUUCUCGUGUCACAGUUUUCGUUGCCAUACUCCUCCGAAACGGCUUGACCGAUUUUGAUGAAAUUUUUUGUGCUUAUCCGGUAUCUAUGAGAAUCAGCCAACAUCUAUUUUUCAUCCCCCUAAAUGUUAGGGGUAGUCCACCCCAAAUUUUUAUUUUUUUAUUUUUAGACAAAAUGUUUAAUUUCUAUUUUUUUAUGAUACAACAUACAAAAAUACAUACAACCCUAAAUUUUCACCUCUCUACGAUCAACCCUUAUUUUUUAUUUGCUAAUUAAAAACUAAAUUUUUUGCAAGAUUUUUGUUUUUAUUUUGUCAUGACAGAAUAAAAAAUUUCAUAUUGCUCUGAAAUUUUCACCCCUCUACGAUCAACCCCUAUUUUUUAUUUGUUAAUUAUAAAUUUUAAAUUUUUUGGUAAGAUUUUAUUUUUUAUUUUGUCACGACUUAAAAUAAAAAAAAUAUAUAUUACUCUCAAUUUUCACUCUUAUACGAUCAACCCCUAUUUUUCCAUCCCGAUUUUUAUUUUUUUAUUCUAUGCACAGAUCCGCAAUAAGGUUGCAAGAUGCCAAUCAAAUAUUAUAAUUGUAGUACGAUAAAUUCUUAUUCAGAGUUUAUAAUUUCAAGUUCCUUUAAUUAUGAUUUUUUUUUAAAUUCAAUUUGAUCUCCUGCCCUCGCCGGUCGACUACUGAUCAACUAUCAAUCGAUCAGUUAUCCCCGUCAGGUGUCACCACUCAUCCAGCAAACAUCACGUAGUAGGGAUGAGGACGAAGCCGGUCUCCUGUCUUACUCACUAUACAUUUUUCAGCCAUGUUUCUUUGGUUUUAUUUGCGUAUCAAUCGUAGCUUGCCAGCCAUGUUUUUUUGGUUUAAUUUGUGUAUCAAUCAUGUUCAGUAGGUCUGAGAAUCGGCUACUAUCUAUAUUUCAUAUCCCUAAGUGAUAAGGGUUGUCCACCCCAAACAUAUUUUUUUUUGAUUUUUUUUUUGGUUAUAAUGAGGUAUGAGGUAUAGUCCCCGGCACGUAACUUGGCAAGAGUCGCUAGAUGCGUAGAAGUCGUUUUUUAGGUCUCUUUGGUUGUCAAGCGGGACGCGGGGAAAGACGUAGCACCGUUCCGAGCGCGCGAUUGGUGAGUCAGUCGACCCUCCCCUCCCGCACCGCGUCCACGUUCCGUUCGCUCACGGUUACACAUGCGCCUACUAAAGUUGUAGGAACCCUUUGUUUAUAUUGAGUUUUUGUUACGAGUUGUUAUUAUUGUUUUAAAUUUAGUUUUUGUUACGAGUGUUAUUGGAACGAAGUUCCUUACGGCAGGCUUGGAGGGGAUAGGGAUUUUGCUGCGCGACCGAACUGAAAAAAAUGUGAUAGUAAAACCGUAAGAAAAAAUCCGUGGAAAAAAUCCGUGGAAAAAAGUGCGUGGAAUAAAACCGUUAAAUGAAACGUGCGCAGGCGCGACAGUCGCAUAUACAAGCGAGUAGUGUAUAAUACCUUUCUCUUUCUCCCUCUUUCUUUUCGUUCUCUCAUCCAUUCUCUUUCUAUUUUACGUAAUUUAUUAUUUCCUAAAUACUGAAUUUCCUAAAUACUUUCCUAUACUUAAAUAAAAACUAAUCAGCAAAAUUUAAGAGAAAAAUCAAGAAAACCAACAUAAAAUUGAGCACGAUUUUUUUUUUGCAAAUUGUGUCGAUUCUACAUUAGCCGAAGGAACUUCGUUCCUACCUGGUGUCCCACGACACCACAUUUUCAUUUUUGUUUUAAAUUUGUUUGCAAUGGUAGGACCAAAUACCAAUGACCAUAAUUAUAAUCGAUUCAGUCACUGAGCGUAUUAUUAUUUACGCCAGUGACGACAGCGACUCUUCGUUAUGUCGACGAUGAGGAGCCAACUCCUUCCACCAGCUCAGGUGCUACCAUAAAUUUAAUCCAAGGGGUAGCACUAUUAGAAAAUGAUAGUGACGACGGCGACACAUAAUUUUUAAUAUUAAGUAUAUUUUUUUAAAUAAACUUUUUAACUUUUAA